AUGAAUGGACCGGUGGAUGGCUUAUGUGACCACACUGUAAAUGAUGAAGGUGCUUUCAUGUUCACAUCAGAGUCUGUGGGAGAAGGGCAUCCAGAUAAGAUCUGUGAUCAGAUCAGUGAUGCUGUGCUAGAUGCCCAUCUUCAACAAGAUCCAGAUGCCAAGGUUGCUUGUGAGACAGUGUGUAAAACAGGGAUGGUGCUGCUCUGUGGGGAGAUCACAUCCCUCGCCGUUGUCGACUAUCAGCGAGUAGUUCGAGACACAAUUAAGCAAAUCGGCUAUGAUGAUUCAGCUAAAGGCUUCGACUACAAGACUUGCAAUGUUCUGGUGGCACUGGAACAACAGUCACCUGAUAUUGCCCAAGGUGUUCAUCUGUACAGGAAUGAAGAGGAUGUUGGUGCUGGUGACCAGGGGUUGAUGUUUGGCUAUGCAACAGAUGAGACAGAAGAAUGUAUGCCUCUCACUAUUGUCCUCGCUCACAAAUUGAACAACAAGUUAGCAGAGCUGAGACACAGUGGUGAUCUCCCUUGGCUUAGACCUGACUCUAAGACACAGGUCACUGUUCAGUAUACCCAGAAAAAUGGAGCCGUCAUCCCAGUCCGUGUUCACACCAUUGUGAUAUCUGUGCAGCAUGAUGAAACCAUCUCGCUGGAAUACAUGCGCAAAACCCUGAGAGACUGUGUGAUUAAACCUGUCGUUCCUGCCAAAUACUUGGAUGAGAAAACAAUUUACCACCUUCAGCCCAGUGGGCGUUUUGUCAUUGGGGGGCCACAGGGUGAUGCUGGCGUUACUGGUCGAAAGAUCAUUGUGGACACUUAUGGAGGAUGGGGAGCCCAUGGAGGUGGUGCCUUUUCAGGCAAAGAUUAUACAAAGGUGGACCGGUCAGCAGCAUAUGCAGCCCGCUGGGUGGCCAAGUCUUUGGUGAAAGCCGGGCUGUGUCAUCGUGUUCUGGUUCAAGUUUCUUAUGCCAUUGGAGUGGCUCAACCUCUCUCCAUUUCACUGUUCACUUAUGGAACUUCCCAGAAAACAGAGAAAGAGCUACUGGACAUUGUGCACAAGAACUUUGAUCUUCGACCUGGAGUCAUUGUCAGGGAUUUGGAUUUAAAGAAGCCAAUUUAUCAGAAGACUGCCUGUUAUGGUCACUUUGGAAGAAAUGAAUUUUCAUGGGAGGUGCCUAAGAAACUUGUGUUUCAACAAUAA